AUGACUCUUCCAAUCAAUAGUGACGAGGAUUUCAAAACUACCUUUGAGGAGAAGAAAGCCCGUCCAGUGAUCCUGUUCUUCACUGCUAUCUGGUGCGGACCAUGUCAGCAAAUUAAGCCACUCGUUGAAGAAGAGGCUGCCAAACACAAGGAUCGUCUGUCCAUUCUCAAAAUCGAUGUUGAUGAAUGCGAAGAAGCUUGCGAGAAAUACUCAAUUAGCUCCAUGCCAACAUUCCUCCUCAUUGUCGACGGAGUCACCAAGGAUACGUUCAACGGAGCCAACAACGAGAAGUUUUCCAACAUGGUCGCAAAGGCCCUUGAAUAA